CAGCACCAGGUAUCAGGUUUUGAACACCCAUUUCCUUUGCUUUGCUUUGAAAGAGUUGAAAUAAUUAUAUGAAUCCAACAAUGACAAGAUUGGCAGAAGAAGAGCACCCCAACAAGGCCUUUGGAUGGGCAGCUAGAGACAGUUCCGGUGUCUUGUCUCCCUUCAAAUUUUCCAGAAGGGCAACAGGAGAAAAGGAUGUGGCUUUCAAGGUGCUUUAUUGUGGGAUAUGCCAUUCCGAUCUUCAUAUGGCCAAGAAUGAAUGGGGCAUGUCUGUCUACCCUCUCGUCCCUGGGCAUGAGAUUGUUGGUGAAGUGACGGAGGUGGGAAGUAAGGUCCAAAAGUUCAACGUUGGAGACCGAGUUGGAGUUGGGUGCGUGGUAGGAUCAUGCCAUUCCUGCGAUAGCUGCAAAAACAAUCUUGAGAAUUACUGCCCCAAAUCUAUACUUACCUAUGGGGCCGAGUACCACGAUGGAAGUAUUACAUACGGAGGCUACUCCGACACUAUGGUUGCUGAUGAACAUUUUAUCGUCCGCAUCCCUGACAACCUGCCUCUUGACGUCGCUGCUCCUCUGCUUUGUGCUGGGAUUACAGUGUAUAGUCCAUUGAGAUAUUAUGGACUCGAUAAGCCUGGUUUGCAUGUUGGUGUGGUUGGAUUGGGUGGAUUGGGACAUGUUGCAGUGAAAUUCGCCAAGGCAAUGGGGGCCAAAGUUACUGUGAUCAGCACAUCUCCUAGUAAGAAGAAGGAAGCUUUGGAACAUCUUGUUGCUGAUUCCUUUUUGGUCAGCCGAGACCAAGAUCAGCUUCAGGGUGCUAGUGGCACAUUGGAUGGAAUCAUCGACACAGUGUCUGCUCAACAUCCUCUGUUCCCGUUGCUUGGGCUGCUGAAGUCUCACGGGAAGCUUGUUCUUGUUGGCGCUCCAGAGAAACCACUUGAGUUGCCUGUGUUUCCUUUGCUACAAGGGAGGAAAGUCGUAGGAGGAAGCUUGAUUGGAGGGAUGAAGGAGACUCAAGAGAUGAUUGAUUUCGCAGCUAAACACAACGUAAAACCUGAUAUUGAAGUUAUAGCUAUGGAGUAUGUGAAUACGGCCAUGGAACGCCUUCUCAAAGCUGAUGUUAAGUACCGAUUUGUCAUCGACAUUGGAAAUACAUUGAAGGCCACCCCCUCUUAAACUAUUUUAUCACACUGUUAUACACAAUACAAAUUGGCAAUAGCAGUCCAAUUGUUCUUAUGUUGAGCUAAUAGUUUUAGUUUUCACCUUCUUUGCAUGAUAUUGCGAAGCCAGACAGCUCUUAUGUAAUGGGUUACCAUCAAAAUAAAUAAAUCAUUUGUAACUUUUCUUUUCUUUGGAGAUAUAGUAUUUCUUUUCCUUUUUA